AUGUCCGCCAAGUCUAUCCUCGAGGCCGACGGCAAGGCCAUCCUCAACUACCACCUGACUCGUGCACCCGUCAUCAAGCCGAGUCCUCUUCCCAAGCCGACGACGCACAACCCGCCGCCGAGAUUGGCAUCGCUCUACUUCCCCGAGGACGCUGAUGUCAAUGCGGUGCUAGACCAGGCCGAGGUCACCUACCCGUGGUUGCUCCACAGCGGCUCCAAGUUCGUUGCGAAGCCUGACCAGCUGAUCAAGAGACGAGGCAAGAGUGGUCUUCUAGCUCUUAACAAGACCUGGCCCGAGGCGAAGGCUUGGAUUGCUGAGCGCGCUGGCAAGUCUCAGAAGGUCGAGCACACGGAAGGUGUUCUGCGACAGUUCCUCGUAGAACCUUUCGUACCUCACCCAGAUGGCACGGAAUACUACAUCAACAUCAACUCAGUUCGAGAUGGCGACUGGAUUCUCUUCACCCACGAGGGUGGUGUCGACGUUGGUGAUGUUGAUGCCAAGGCUGAGAAGCUGCUUAUCCCCGUUGACCUUUCACAAUAUCCCUCUAACGAGGAGAUCGCCAGCACGCUAUUAAAGAAGGUUCCCACGGGUGUCCACAAUGUCCUGGUUGACUUCAUCACUCGCCUGUACGCCGUCUACGUCGACUGCCAGUUCACCUACCUUGAGAUCAACCCCUUAGUCGUCAUUCCCAAUGCUGACGCCACAUCCGCCGAUGUUCACUUCCUCGAUCUUGCUGCCAAGUUAGAUCAGACUGCUGAUUUCGAGUGCGGUGUUAAGUGGGCUAUCGCACGAUCUCCCGCUAACCUGGGCAUUACUGCUGUCUCAAGCGCUGGCGACAAGAUCAAUGUUGACGCCGGCCCCCCGAUGGAGUUCCCUGCUCCUUUCGGCCGUGAGCUUUCCAAAGAGGAAGCCUACAUCGCUGAAUUGGAUGCUAAGACUGGUGCCUCCUUGAAGCUCACUGUCUUGAACCCUACCGGUCGUAUCUGGACUUUGGUCGCUGGUGGUGGUGCUUCCGUCGUCUACGCUGAUGCUAUCGCUUCUGCUGGCUUUGCUGAUGACUUGGCCAACUACGGUGAAUACUCCGGUGCUCCUACCGAGUCUCAAACAUACUACUACGCACGAACUGUGCUGGACCUGAUGCUCCGCGCUCCCCUGAGCCCCAAGGGCAAGGUUCUAUUCAUCGGUGGUGGUAUUGCUAACUUCACAAACGUUGCUUCUACAUUCAAGGGUGUCAUCCGAGCACUACGCGAAUACGCCAAGCAACUGAACGAGCACAACGUACAAAUCUGGGUGCGUCGUGCUGGACCCAACUACCAGGAAGGUCUUAAGAACAUGAAGGCCGCAACACAGGAGCUUGGCCUAAAUGCCAAGAUCUUCGGCCCCGAGAUGCACGUUUCUGGUAUCGUGCCUCUCGCUCUCGUCCCUGGCAAGUGGGAAGAAGGCAAUGUACAUGAAUUCCAGGGUUAA